AUUUUCUGACACAAUCAAAAUAUCUACGGGACGCGAAAAAGAAAACCUAAACGCUCUUGCUCGUACUCUUCACGUAAUCUGCAUCCAAUGGCAACCGAUACCGGUAAACUCACCACCGCCUCCAGGAAGGAAACCCCUAGCGGAGGACAAAACCCUAAGAAAGCCCUGGAACCAACCCUGGCAAAGCCAGAUCGUACAGAGGAUCCGUCAAAAACUGAGUUAUCGACCGUUAAUGCCGCGGCAGACGGGAAGCGAAAGGACGGCGAGGAUUCGAAGAUCAUCGUAGCUGCGGCCGGCUCCGCUGGGGAUAACGCCCAAGAAUCCGAUAUCCAGAAGAAGAUACGAAGAGCCGAGCGGUUUGGGAUGCCUGUGCAGCUCUCCGAGGAAGAGAAGCGCAAUUCUCGAGCUGAAAGGUUUGGAACCGGGCCUUUAUCGAGUGGAUCAGAAGGAUUCAAGAAAUCAGAGGACCAAAAGAGGAAAGCUAGAGCAGAAAGAUUUGGCCUCCCUGUGGCAUUAGUGCCUGCUGAUGAAGAGGCAAAGAAGAAGGCUCGGCUUGCCAGAUUUGGAGGAGAACCCAAGGAAAGUCUACUGGAAGAAGACAAGAGAAAAGCAAGAGCUAUGAGGUUUUCAAAACCAGUAUCAAAUUCUCCACCAGAAUUGAGUGGCAAAGUGAAUAUUCAGCAUAAGGCAGCUAUUGCAGAAAAGGCUGUUGGAGGGUCCUGAAUGGGGAUCUACUUUCUAGUAGAUAGGUUUAGGGCUCUAACAUUUUGCGAUUCCCUCUCUGGCGUCUUUAUCUAUAUCUGCUUCACAGCCUAAAUUUUCCUAGAUGCUGUACUCCAUCCUUACAUAAAUAUCUGCAGCAGUUGAACAAGAUUUUCUGAUACAAAGUCUCUCAUCUCUGACUUGAGUUACAAGUUGGGCAAAUGGUGAGACCUUGAGUAAUCAACAGAUACCUGGUAGUGCUAACCUGUUUUAGAAUCUACGAAGAAUUUUUAAGAAAUUCUUUAGUUGACAGCCUAGUAUGCUACUAUGAAAUUUCCUAUAAAUUGCAGGAACUAAAAUUGGUGAGUUUUCUCCUAGUUAACAUUUUAAUUUAUUACAACGUGGUUGGAUAACUGACAGCAUCUAAUUCCCAUCAACAUCGUGGAAUAUCUGUGAUUGGGUAUGACAGCAGUAGUAGUAAGUUGAUAUUGCAGGCACAUUAUUAGUUUUCCAAGAAUAUCUGUUUCAAAAAUCGACCGCUCGUUAGGAAGAGGUGUUAGCUCAUAUUUUAAAAUUAUUUGAAACGUGAACUCCAAAAAUAGGAUUUAUAUGAUUAGGUUUGACCUAGUUCAUGAUUGUUUGAAGUGUGCAAUUUGGAUUUCAGGCAGUUGGGGUUUGUAAAUGGAAAAUGUUGGAUUCUUUCAAUAUAAUGUAGUAUACAGUUGGAGAGUGUGGUUGUGUGAAUCUCCAUAGUUUUCUCUUUCGUUAAAAAAAAAAAAAAAAAAAAAAUCAAUGUGUGUACUUAUCUCAUAUAUGUGCAUUCGUGUGCAUCUAAUCUAUGUAUGCUUGUGCGCAAACAUGCAUAACCUGGAUCUGGACUAAAUGUUAAUCUUUCAAAUGGUGAAAGGAGAGACUCUUUAUAAUUUUUAGGCAUCAUUCUGCUGUAAGACUAUAACUGAUGGUUAAUUGCACCAGAAGAAGAAUGAUGUACAAUGCUAAGUCUUGCUGCUGCUGCUGUUCAAUACUUGAUCACAAGAGGUUCAUGAGAAGUGGGUUUUAAUUCAUUGAAGCUGUAUGGUGAAAGAAAACGUUAUAGAAGUGAUUUAGUCUGUCACUUAUGAAUUUCUGAUUUUCUUAGUAGAUAUUUAUGAUAAGUCAGCACUUCAAAGGUAUCUGUUGAUUGACCUGGAUCUCUCUUGUUGAAUUGCCAAGCCCCAAUCUACGAGGUAGGGUACUGGGAAUACAGGAAACUUUCAUUAGUUACUAGAUUUGAGUUUAGUGUUGUAAUAUUUUGUAAUUUUCUUUUAUGUGAAAUGUUUACAACAAAAUAUUAGAAUGCUAGGUUCUGCAGAACUAGUUUUUUAGUAAGAUUUUGGAUGGAAGGGCUUGUUUACUUUUGGACUGGAGGGAAUCAGUAAAUUCUUUUUUUUUUUUUUU